AUUCUAUUCUUUGUCAAGUAUUCGUACUCGUGGUACUCGUACUGUAACAUUCUGCUGUACUGACUGCUUCUGCCAUCAGCAUCCGCAUCCGGAUCUGUAAACACAAAAAGUUCCCAAAGCACGGAGAGGCAAUUCGCUCCGAUUGAAGAAUAGACCAGGAUCCCAAACCAACCGCAUCGCACACAAUGAGGACUGCUGCGCAAGCAGGAGGAACGAUCCGACGCCGGACUCGCAUCGCAACGAACGACGGUGGCAGCGACAACAACGACGGUUUCGGCCUUCCGAAUCCUUCUCGUGUGCGGCGGCAGCGCACCAGAAACCGAAGGAGCAACGGCGCGCUGGGAUUCGCCGGGGCGAUCGUGGUGGCGAUCGCGAUUGCCGGCGGGUGGACCUUGCCGGGCGUCCCCUUUUCUGCGGCGGAAGCCCUUGCCGUUUCGGGGACGGGUCUCCCCCCGGCCGCCGCGCUACGGAGCAGCGGCCGUUCCGAGAGGGGGGGACAUCCCCGGGAACAAGCAAAAGAGCAACAACAGCCAUCACCGCCACUCUUGGGUUCCUGUCGACAGGGGUUCCCCGGGAGCCGCAUCCACCAAAACAGGCUGGCCCGGACGCGCCUGCACCUUUUUUUCAACCAGAGGGACGAAAACGGAAACCUCGUCCAAAAGCCCGCGAAACGGGCGAAGCCGUCCAGCGACCUCCUGGACGAGCUGCGCUCCCCCGGGAUAUCCUUCCCCAAACCGAUCCGGCUGACCGGCUCUUCUUCUCCGAAGGAACCAUCCGCCGGCACGGAUUCGCCGUCCCUGGUCCUCCGCUACAUGACGACCGAGGACCUCCGGGCACUGGUACCCAUGUGCAUCAACGAGUUUGGGAGCAUCAGCCAGCAGCCACCGCCGGAAGACACCCACGCCAAGAAGGGAUUGCGGGGACUGGUCCCCCGCUGGAUACAGGAUCCGAAACGAAUCCCGGAGCUGUGGGAGGGGAAAUCCUUCGAGCUCCUAAUCUAUUUGACCCUCCGUCUCAAGCUGAUGCAGGGUGGGGGAAACAGCGGCAAAAACAGCGGCAUCAGCAGCGGCAACAGCAGCGGCAGCAACGGCAAUCCCGUUGCCAACAGCGGAAACCCCGGGUCGAUACCGAACGACAUGGUCAUGCUCGUCCUCUGCGAAGAAAACGAACCCAAACCACAAGAACAGUCCAAGAGCCUGUGGCGAAAGCCCAAGCCGGCAGCAGCAAUAGCAGCAGCAACAACAGCCACCACCGUGGAAGCAACCCAGUCGCAGCCCCUCUCGCCCCUCUCGCCUCAACAGCGGGUCGUGGGCAUGAUCGAGCUCAGCCUGCAGCCCCCGGACGCGGACCGGAAUCCCCCCGCCCUCCCCCUUCCCAGGUGGUUCAAGGCCGCCCUGGCCAGGCAGACCACGAUCGACGGGCGUCUCCAGGGAUGGAUCACCAACCUCCUGGUCGACGACGACCGCCGGGGCCGGGGCUAUUCCAAGCUGCUGGUCGCGGCCUGCGAGGGGAUCGCGAAACACUCCUGGGGCUGCUCGUCGGUCUACCUGCACGCCGAUGCGGACAUUUCCAGCGGCCGGAUCCCCCAGUCCCUCUACGAGGGAAUGGGUUACGAGGCCGUCGUGGGAAGCACCCAGAAGAAUCCAAAUGGCGCUCGCAGCGACGGCGAUGGCGGCGAAUACGCCUGGGCCGGGGUCGCGGGGAAGGAACUGGAGCGGUUCACGGCCAUCCGAAUGGUCGACGGGGUGGCCCUCCUGUGCUACUCCAAAAAGCUGUAAAGCAGCAGGCUUGGGACGGGCGGACCGAAACCAUCGAGAAAGUUUAUCCAA